AUGAGUUAUAAGAAGAAGCGUCGUUUGAAUGUCCUGGCUGAAAGAUUACGUCCCGGCCUUAGUGAAUCCGAACGCAAGUUUUUGGACGCAGCUGAACUUGGUGAUGAAUCAGUGGUUAGGAAAGUGCUGGAAAAUGACGUCGUAUCUCCGGAUUGUGAGGACACGCUCGGUCGUACUGGACUUGAUCUGGCCAUUUUAUCUGGAAAAGAAUCUCUGGUUCUUUACUUAUUUGGUAAGGUAUCUGGACCAAAAGUUCACCAAGGUCUCCUUUGUGCAGUUGAUAAUAACAGAACAGAACUCUGUGAAAUUCUUCUACGUCAUCAGAUAUAUCGACGUCGUAGUGUUGAAACUGACGUGUACUUGUAUAUGGAUGACACAGAAGACGCGCAAAAUAAUCAACCACCGGAAAUAGUGGAGAAAGACAUUGAAAACCAAGGAGCAACAAAGGUAGACAAAAUGUUGAAAGAGGCUCUGAUGAGGGCGGCCAUAAAAAACAAUUUCCAGAUAGUACAAAUGAUCAUGUUGAGAGCUGUAUCGCUUGAAAUACCACAUGAUUAUUUUUGUUCCUGUCGCCAAUGUAUCGACGACAGAGAGGGGGAUUAUAUGGUGUUUUGUAACAAUCGCCUUGACACCUUUAGAGCCCUGGCUAGCCCUGCCUACAUCUCCCUGACAGAGGAGGACCCCAUCAUCGCGUGUUUCCACCUCAGCAAGGGCUUCAAACGGUUGCAGAUGAUAGAGACAGAAAAUCAGAAAACAUACCAAGAGUUAGACGAACAAUGCCAGGCGUUUACUCUCGGCCUAAUGGACAACUGCCGAUCAUCGGAUGAUGUCAAAUGUAUUUUGUCCGGCGCCAGCACCAGAACAACUUUUUCUGAUGAUGAGGACAGUUCUAAGGAUCAAACAUUUCAGCUCAACAAAGGCGAUAGCUUCCCCCUUCUCUCCCUAGCUAUGCGUAUGGAACAAAAACGGUUUGUAGGACAUGUCAAGUGUCAGGCCCAAGUCUCUGAACUGUGGUUUAGUGGGUUACAGAUGCUGCGCUACCUCAACAGGUUUGAAUACCUGAUGCUAGCAAUACCUCUCGGAAUUCUUCUUCUCCCCAUCUUCUCUCUUGUCUACGUCGUGGCGCCAUGGAGCAAGGUAACAGUACUAUUGGACACACCUUUAAUGAGAUUUCUGAGUUACACCUGCUCCUACCUGUCAUUUUUGAUCGUGAUUUGUCUGUGUAAACUCAAGUUCAAUACGAUAUGGCUCAGCAUUGCUUGUGACGACACCAGCUUAUUUGCCUACAUUCUCAUCGGGCUAGUGUUUCUAUGGAUAAUAGGCUUAAUAUGGGAAGAGGUAAAACAGAUUUAUCGUGCCGGUGCCGAGGACUAUCUUCUGUCAAUUUGGAACCUGGUCGACUCCUUCAUGCUGACGUUCCUGUUAGCGUCCUUCACAUUGGAUGUAGUACUUCCUAUCAGGAUACGGCAGAUGAUUCACCACUUCCAGCCAACUAUGAACGCUUCCGGUAAUCUCCUCAGUAUGACGAUGUUACCGCUCUGUUACUCUAAUGACGUCUACAAUAUGUCCACGUCAUACCAAGACUGUCAAGCUCCAGCCACACUAGCAAUGAUGGCCGAGUGGUCUCCAGCUUGGGUACCCGAUCCAGAAUUUCUGUCCGAUGUCCUUUUUUCUGCUGGAAUCAUCUUGAGUGUGAGUCGUAUAUCUUUCAUCAUGCCAGCCAAUGAGACGUUUGGAACUAUGUUAGUGUCUUUUCAGAGGACGUUCUUUGACCUCGUCAAAUUGUUUGCAAUGUUUGUCCUGAUCUUACUUGCAUUCACGUGCGGGAUCGCUGGUCUAUACGCCGCCCAUGCGUGUCAGACAGAUAGUUUUAAGGGAUUUGGCGGGACAUUGUUCCUUCUCGUGUGGUCAUUGCUCGGAUUUGGUCCAGGAGAGGCACCAGAUCUACGCCAUGAUGCACCCAUGACAUCGUUAACGAACAACCCCUCUCGCGGCACGAUGGUUGUCGCACUUGGGUACAUCCUGUACGGAAUCUAUGUCUUCGCGGCGCUUGUUGUCCUCAUGAACCUUCUCAUUGCCGUGAUGUCGAACACAUUCCAGGAAAUUCAGGACGAAAGAGACACGGAAUGGAAGUUUGUGAGAACAGAAUUAUGGUUAACGUUUAUAGAACCCGGAUGUUGCGUAGCACCACCAUUCAACGUCAUACCAACCCCACGUGAUCUCUGUGCAUUGAUCAAGACCAUGAGGAAAUUCUUCCGCCGACUUUUCCGGAAGUGCCAUAAACCUAAACACAGGUGUACAAAACGAGAACGCUCGUUAAAGAAACUUCAAGAAAAGAUAGAGUUAGAAGAAAAACAGUAUACUGCUCGUCAGAAUGUGAUGUGUAGUCUGGUGCGAAGGUACAUCCUAGAGUCAGAGAGGGAGAAAAUCGAGGAAGGUGAAGACGCGGCAGAAGAUAAAUUAAGACGUCUGAUUGAGAAUGUCGCUAACAAGUUGGACGAGAGGAUCGACUUGAUCGAGAAGAACCUACAGACCGUCGAGGACAACGUAAAUAAUGUACAGAAAGGCGGCAUGAACAUACAGACUAUGCAGAAAUCUGAAAUCGACCUCACUCAGACUCUAAUAAACACACAUGAAGGCUACCAGACAAUGGUAAAAGAGAUCUGGGAGGACGGAAAAGCCUUCCGCGAAACCAAGAUGGAAGCAAUUCGCGCCAUGAGGGAUGAACGUCUAAAGCUUAUUGAAGACAUGAAGGCAGCGGAAGCCCAGGCCCUAGAGGACUCUAUCAUAGACGUCUAUGAUGAAGCUGACUUCAUUCCGAGAACUACCAUCAAUUGA